CGUAAGAGUAGACAGUUGACUUCUCUGUUAACUUAACUUCAACAGACCUCGACACAAUGGCAACCAUGGUCGGAGGAUACGGUGCCAUAGCAGACGCCACUAAAGAAACUCAGGAUCUUUGUCAUCAGGUGAAGCACCAGGUGGAGAAAAAGACAGGAGCAAAUUAUGUGGAAUACAAAGCAGUUAAAUACAAGAGUCAAAGUGUGCAAGGAACCAACUUCCUUAUCAAGGUUCAUGUUGGAGGAGCGAACUACAUUCAUCUGACAGUCUUCCAAGCUCUUCCGUGUUACGGAGGAAAGGUUUCUCUGACUAAUGUAAAGGCUCAUCAGACCAAAGACAGCCCCCUCCAACCUUAGAAACUGAGCCCAGAACCAGUCUCACCAGUAAAAUCCUUAAAGGCUGCAGUCUCAUGUUAAAAUCUUCUGCUUCUUUAUUCUGAAAUGAUUUAACAUUGAUUUUGAAUGUAUUAACACUGAGAGAUGAAGAUAUUUGGUGGAAUGCAAUGUCCUUUAUCCCCAAAUAAAUA